CAUCUGGAGAACCUCUGUACGAAAACAUUGAAACUAACCGAAUGAAGCGAGCAGCUGCAAAGCAUCUAAUAGAGCGCUACUACCAUCAGUUAACUGAGGGCUGUGGAAAUGAGGCCUGCACGAAUGAGUUUUGUGCUUCCUGUCCAAGUUUCCAUCGUAUGGAUAACAAUACAGCGGCCGUUAAGGCCCUCGACCUUUAUAAGAUUAGUGCAAAACUCUGUGAUCCACAUCCCUCCAAGAAAGGAACAUGUUCUGCUUACCUAGAAAACAGUGCCAAAGGAGCCCACAAUUCUUGCAGUGAAAGAAAAAUGGACCGGAAGGACCUUCAUCCUGCAAGGGAUGACUUCAAAGAUUUAAACUUUCUAACAGAAGACAAAGUUUAUGAGAUCUUAGAGAUCUGCAGUGAAAAAGAGGAUUAUUCUCCUUUGAUCCGUGUGAUUGGUAGAGUAUUUUCCAGUGCUGAAGGCUUGGUGCAAAGUUUUCGUAAAGCAAAACAACACACUAAGGAAGAGCUAAAAUCCCUUCAAGCUAAGGAUGAAGAUAAGGAUGAAGAUGAAAAAGAAAAAGCUGCAAGUUCUACUGUUGCUGCUGCUAUGGAAGAAGAUUCAUUGGCCUCAUCUUCCAGGUUAGGAGAUAGGGUUGUGCUGGGCCAUAAUAAUAUUCAUAGGCUGGGCCCAGAUGAGGUUUCUGUAGACAUUGAAGCUGUGAGGAGAGUCUACAAUAAACUUCUGGCCAAUGAGAAGAUAGAAACUGCCUUUCUUAAUGCACUAGUUUACUUAUCGCCCAAUGUGGAAUGUGACUUGACGUACCACAAUGUAUACUCAAGGGAUCCCAAUUACUUAAAUUUGUUUAUCAUAGUUAUGGAAAAUAACAACCUCCACAGCCCAGAGUAUUUAGAGAUUGCUCUGCCUUUGUUUUGCAAAGCCAUGAGUAAACUUCCACUUCCUGCACAGGCCAAACUGGUUAGACUUUGGUCACAAUAUAGCUCAGAGCAGAUACGGCGCAUGAUGGAAACUUUUCAACAGCUCAUUACUUACAAAGUUAUAAGCAAUGAGUUCAAUAGUCGCAAUCUUGUGAAUGAUGAUGAUGCUGUUGUGGCUGCUACAAAAUGCUUGAAAAUAGUUUACUAUGCAAAUGUCCUUGGUGGAGAUGUGGACACAGAUCAUAAUGAGGAAGAGGAUGAGGAGCCCAUCCCGGAAUCCAGUGAACUAACUUUGCAGGAAUUACUAGGGGAAGAAAGAAGAAAUAAAAAAGGGCCUCGAGUAGACCCUCUAGAGACAGAACUUGGUGUAAAAACUAUUGACUGCCGGAAACCUCUUAUCCCCUUUGAGGAGUUUGUAAAUGAACCACUUAAUGACGUACUGGAAAUGGAUAAGGACUACACUUUCUUCAAGGUUGAAACAGAGAAUAAAUUUUCCUUCAUGACCUGCCCUUUUAUUCUCAAUGCUGUAACAAAGAACCUAGGGCUUUACUAUGACAAUAGAAUUCGAAUGUACAGCGAACGACGCAUCACUGUUCUCUAUAGCCUUGUCCAAGGACAGCAGCUAAAUCCUUAUCUGAGGCUAAAGGUUCGUCGAGAUCACAUCAUAGAUGAUGCCUUGGUCAGGCUGGAGAUGAUUGCCAUGGAAAAUCCUGCAGACUUGAAGAAACAACUUUAUGUAGAGUUUGAAGGCGAGCAAGGUGUUGAUGAAGGAGGUGUGUCCAAAGAAUUUUUUCAACUUGUAGUGGAAGAAAUAUUCAACCCUGAUAUAGGAAUGUUCACAUAUGAUGAAACAACAAAAUUAUUUUGGUUCAAUCCCUCCUCCUUCGAAACCGAGGGUCAGUUCACACUGAUUGGCAUUGUGCUGGGACUGGCAAUCUACAAUAACUGCAUCCUGGAUGUUCACUUCCCUAUGGUUGUCUACAGAAAAUUAAUGGGAAAGAAAGGAACAUUUCGUGAUUUGGCAGAUUCCCAUCCGGUUUUGUAUCAAAGUUUAAAAGAACUUCUGGAAUAUGAAGGUAGUGUCGAAGAUGACAUGAUGAUCACUUUUCAGAUAUCUCAGACAGAUUUAUUUGGAAAUCCUCUAAUGUAUGAUUUAAGAGAAAAUGGUGACAAAAUCCCAGUUACAAAUGAAAACAGAAAGGAAUUUGUUGCACAGUAUGCUGAAUACAUACUCAAUAAAAGUGUAGAAAAGCAGUUUAAAGCAUUCAGAAGAGGUUUUCAUAUGGUAACAAAUGAAUCACCCCUAAAAUAUUUAUUUAGACCUGAAGAAAUUGAACUGCUUAUUUGUGGAAGCAGGAAUCUAGAUUUUCAAGCACUUGAAGAAACAACAGAGUAUGAUGGUGGUUACAAUAAGGAUUCCCGAAUUAUAAAGGAAUUCUGGGAGAUCGUUCAUUCAUUUGGAGAGGAACAGAAAAGGCUGUUUUUACAGUUCACAACAGGCACUGAUAGGGCUCCUGUGGGUGGACUUGGAAAACUCAAAAUGAUCAUAGCCAAAAAUGGUCCAGAUACUGACAGGUUACCAACAUCUCACACGUGUUUUAAUGUUCUGUUGCUUCCUGAAUACUCAAGCCAGGAAAAACUUAAAGAAAGACUGUUAAAGGCCAUUACUUAUGCCAAAGGAUUCGGCAUGCUGUAAUCAGUACACAGGAUCCGAAGAUACAUUUUUGCAAGAUAAUGCUGUAUUGAAAACGAGAGAGAAAUGGCCAUAAGGUAGUGAUCUCUAGUAGUCACUUUUGUCUGUGCCUCCCUCCUUAAUUGAGGGCAUUGGGCUGGAACAGCAGAGAAAAAAACAACUAACUGCUUUAUGAACAAAAAUGUUCUCCCUCCCACUUGUGUGAAUGUGUUAUAUGUUCUCGCAAUUGUGUGUACAGACAGAUUUUCCUAUUUAUUUUAAGGGUUCAAUCAAUUUUUCAUAUGUUUGGUCUGACUAUAGCUGAGCCAUAUUUUCCCUUUUUUUGUAGGGAGGAGGAUACUGAGAAAAUAUGUAUUGUAAUCUCCCUGAUAAAACUUGCCAUUAUUUGUUAACAAAAUAAUAAUGGAAUUCAGAUUCUAACUAAAAUUUUCAGAAUGAAACUUGAGUAGCAUUUCAUCUGUUACUUACAUUUAUGUAACUUUGUUCACUCAGGUGUUGUACUGUCUAUGGUUGGUUUACUUUGAAACAUGAAGCCUUGGAAAUGGUGUAAUACAACUACUGCUGUUCUAGCCCUAGAGGGAUCUGAAUUUUCUCUUUGCUCAAUAAAGAUGGAAGGGGGACUUCGGAAUGUUAAGAAACUGCAGCCUUGAAUUUUACUUUAAACACAGCACAAAGAGAGCAAAUGUGAAACCCAUAUCACAAUGAUGGUGUCCUCACAAGUCUAAUAAUAACAUAGUGUUCCCUAAUUUAAUGCUUGUUAUUUGUAAAGGGUAGAAUUUAUUCUGUGCUUACAGUACUUAUUUUUACUCACUAAAGGUGCAUUUUCAAGCAAUCAGCGUGAAGUGCUACAGAACAAAAAAGGUUAUUGUAUAAUCUAUAUUAAAUGUGUGGAAGUGCACUUACAAAAAAAAGAAAUGUUAGUGAAUUGUAUUUACCUGCCUGUUACCAUGACUCUCAUUCAUGCAGACGUUUGUUUUUUGUUUUGUUUUUUUAAAGCCAAUCAUCAAUCUCAAGUCUUCCCAGUUGUAUGGCAUUUCUUCUUUUAAUUUGGAAAAGGAAAGGGGUACAAUUACCAGGACAAAUGAUUAUUGUGCUUUUGAUUUGCAAACAUUUGCUUAUGAGACAGACAUAUUUGGCUGUGAUUGAUUUAUUAUGCAUUUAACAAUUAUGUCCGUAUGUGGAAGAUGUGAAUGUCAUUUUGUGGAUUGCAGGUUAAUCAAAUUUCCUGCAGGCCUUAAAAUAGCUGUUUGUAUUAUAUAUUCUUUUCAGUAUUGUGUUUUGGUAAGCCUCUUCUCAUAAAUCAUGGAUCAUCUUUUAUGUAGUUUGUUUUUACUUUAAAUAUCAGUUUAAAUACAUCACUUAAUAGACUGUAGCUGUUUUUGGUUUAACCCACUUGAAACCGCUGUUGUAGUAAGUAUUGCUUAUCAUCUAUCUUGUGCAGAGGUGCUUUACUACAUGAUUACUAAACUAUAAUUAAAUCCUAACAGAUGUCACCAUCUGAUUAUUAAAAUUCAAAUACAACAGACACAAUAUUCACAGAUUUAAGAAUAUUAUUUUAUUCCUGUCUCUACAAUAAUCAUGUGUCCUGAUGCAUUGACUCUUUGUACAUGUCAUUCUCAUUGGAGAACCCAGCUAUCUCAACAAAUAUUAUCUUUAGAAGAAGCAAACAAUGUUUCUUUUUAUAAAGUUCAUUUAAGCAUAUUUCCCCUACAAGGAAACCAAGUAAUGGUGUAAAACAAUGAUAAAUAAAAGUGACUGCAUUUUUCAUCAUUAUUUUCUGAAAAAGAAAAUGUUCUUUUAUUGUUUUAUAUUGAUACUCUGGCAAAACCAUUUCUCAGGGAGUAGAUUUGUGUUUUGAACAUAAUCAGAUUAAAAGAUUCAUUUUAGAAUAAAAUGAGAGAAA